AGAGAGAGAGAGAGAGAGAGAGAUCUUUGCGCGCUCGCGCUGGGCAGGAGUGCGCGCGGGACAUCAGCACACCGGCCGGGUCAAGGAGCUGCAAGGAUGGAGAUCCGACCAGACAGGAUCAAGGCGGUCGCGGGCAAAACUCUGGGAAAAAUUCACAGGCUGAUUGAGAAGCGGCAGCCCAAUGGGGAGACCAUCGAGUUGUCGGCGGAGGGCCGUCCGGAGCUGGUGGAGGAGAAGGAGAUGCCCAUGGUGGACUGCACCUGCUUCGGCCUGCCCAGGCGCUACAUCAUCGCCAUCCUGUCCGGCCUGGGCUUCUGCAUCUCCUUCGGCAUCCGGUGCAACCUGGGCGUGGCCAUCGUCAGCAUGGUCAACGACCACACCGUGUACAAGGGCAACAAGGAAGUGCUCGUGGCUGCACAGUUCACCUGGGACCCGGAGACGGUGGGGAUGAUCCACGGCUCCUUCUUCUGGGGCUACAUCGUCACACAGAUUCCCGGAGGGUUUAUAUGUCAAAAGUUUGCAGCCAACAGAGUGUUCGGCUUCGCCAUCGUGGCCACGUCCACCCUCAACAUGCUGAUCCCGUCGGCCGCCCGCUGCCAUUACAGCUGCGUCAUCCUGGUGAGGAUCUGCCAGGGCCUCGUGGAGGGCGUCUCGUACCCGGCCUGCCACGGGAUCUGGGCCAAGUGGGCGCCUCCUCUGGAGAGAAGCCGAUUGGCGACUACAGCCUUCUGUGGCUCCUACGCUGGGGCUGUGGUGGCCAUGCCUUUAGCUGGGAUACUGGUGCAGUACACUGGGUGGCCUUCAGUGUUCUACGUCUACGGCAGCUUUGGGAUAUUCUGGUAUUUGUUCUGGAUCCUGGUGUCGUACGAGAGUCCCGCGGCGCAUCCCACCAUCUCACCGGAGGAGAGGAAGUACAUCGAGGACGCGAUCGGAGAGUCUGCAUCGUUUCUCAAUCCUCUGCAUAAAUUUAAAACCCCGUGGAGACACUUCUUCACCUCCAUGCCGGUUUACGCCAUCAUCGUGGCCAACUUCUGCCGAAGCUGGACUUUCUACCUGCUGCUCAUCAGCCAGCCGGCCUAUUUUGAAGAAGUCUUUGGCUUUGAGAUCAGCAAGGUGGGCAUGGUGUCAGCGUUGCCCCAUCUGGUGAUGACAAUCAUUGUGCCUGUCGGAGGCCAGUUGGCAGAUUAUCUGAGGAGCCACAACCUGAUGUCCACCACCAACGUCCGGAAGCUCAUGAACUGUGGGGGCUUUGGAAUGGAGGCCACCCUCCUGCUGGUGGUGGGAUAUUCUCACACGAAAGGCGUUGCCAUUUCCUUCCUGGUCCUCGCUGUGGGUUUCAGUGGAUUCGCCAUCUCAGGGUUCAAUGUCAAUCAUUUGGAUAUUGCCCCUCGAUACGCCAGCAUCCUGAUGGGCAUCUCAAACGGGGUCGGGACAUUAUCUGGAAUGGUGUGUCCUCUAAUAGUCGGGGCCAUGACCAAACACAAGACACGCGAGGAGUGGCAGUAUGUCUUCCUCAUAGCGUCCCUCGUCCAUUACGGAGGGGUCGUAUUCUAUGGAAUCUUUGCGUCGGGCGAGAAGCAGACCUGGGCGGACAUAGAGGACACGAGUGAGGAGAAGUGUGGCAUCAUCAAUGAGGACGAGCUGGCCAACGAGACGGAGGAGCUGUACCGCGGCGGUGGGCAGUACGGCGCCAUGAGCCAGCCCGUGGUGGGCUCUAACGGGGGCGGAGGGGGGGCCGGGCCGGGCUGGGUGACGGACUGGGACAAGUCGGAGGAGUACGUGCAGCCGCCCGGAUACAACUCUUACAUGUACGGAGGAGGCGCCGAGAAGGAGCUGACAUAAAAUCAGCGCCACGCAGUUUUUAAAAUAUUUAGUAUUAAAAGGAAACGAUUGUGUUUUUGGAAAAGGAGUGCGUGUCGCCGCGAUGCCCAAAGGACCCGCUGUGUGCUUGCGUGCACAGAUCAAACGUGUACAUCUGAUUCAUUCCAUUGUGUGAGUGUGUGUGUGUGUGUGUAGGUACAGUAAGCAUGUGUAUGAUGGUGUGAGUGCUCUAUGUACAACUCCCAGACUUCCCUCCUGCUCCUGAGCUUGUGAUGGCGGUCACGCGCUGGGUUUCCACCGCAUCCCCCAGGAGAUUGUGUGUCUGUGUGUGUGUGGGCGGCACCGGUAGCCCCGACGGAGGCAACGGGUUUGGUCAAAUUACUGAAUACAACGUGUGACUCCCCUACAAAUGCCUAAUUAAUCUGCUUAUUGUGUUGCCCUUAAGACACAGGCACAAAAGAAAUCAUGAUAGUCAUAUUGUAAAAUCGUGCACAAACUAAAAGCCGGUGCGUUUGAGCAACUUUGUUCCGAUGCAUCGACUUGAAUUUAAUAAACUAAGCAGUAUUGAGUUUCUAAGAUGUGUGUGCAUGUGAUAAUUUACAAGGGUCUAUUCAUGUGUUCAGAACAGGUCUUGAGUUUUUCAGAGACUAAAAAGGUGCUUAAGUGUCGUAUCCGUCCAUGUUUGUGAUGCUUUUCUUUUAACAGGCUGCCCUUAAUGUGUGCGUGUGCAGAAACAGGCACGUGUUUGUUUGUGCACGGAGCUGCGUGUGGCUUGUAGCGGCACCUCACCUGGGUCUGACCUAUCUAGGUCACGCUCAGACAGGCGUGUGGGUCAGAAGGUCCGUGCCCUGGCUUUGUGCAUCCACUGGUGACGUGGCCCACGGUGACUCUGCUCAGUUGCCUGCGUUCUCUGCUUUCCUCUGUUCAACCGUCGUUCCCAUCCGCCGCUGCUGUUCCACGUCUUUAACGUCGUCCGUGGUGUCUGAGCUCCGGGAGCCGUCUGUGCUGUGAUGGAUGCAGGUGCAGCGAGCACGGUUUAAUGAGCACGGCAUCAUCCCUUCACCUUUUCGCACACAGGCUGCUAAUCUCUGCACGGUGAAGUGCACAGUGUGCACGGGAAGUGGUGGCACAACGGUAUUUACGUGCCUGUAGGAGCGGAGUGCACCUGUGGUGUGCAUGAAAUUAGGCUGCGAUCAGCAAGCGUUUGUCUUUUCGUUAUCAGAGGGUGUGUUAAGGUGCACGAACAGGUCAACCACAUUAGCUCCUUUAAUGCCCUUUAAGAUCAGUUCUCCUCCAUCCUAAUGCAGCUGCGUCUCAUACAAGAGGGAAAUUGCAUAUCACAUGUUGUGUAAGCUGGUUCUGCAUUGUGUUUGUACUUACGCAUAGUUAUUUAUUUCAAGUAAACUUGCAGGUGUCUCUGUUCAGUUAAAGAAUCAAUUUCUGUCAAUCAAACGGGAGGUUUGUGAUUUGAAUGUGAAAAGGGUUUCUGUGAAUCGGAAGUGGGUUUAUUAAUCAAAUGUGUUGGUAUAUGUUGGUAAAUUAUUUUAAAAAGUGAAGGCAACUAACAUUUUGUUUUAAGGGUAAUGUCUAAAAUGACAUGAAUGGUUAUCAAUGUGAUUUUUAUUUUUAGUGUUGUAACAAUGUAUUUUAAAUCAAGUUUCUUCUUUGUCUCAGUUCAGACUGUUCCAAUGUUGUCUUCCUCCUUCUUGAUGAAAUGUGCGAUUAACAGAUGGGAAUAAAUGUAAAGAUUUUAAAAGGAAUAGAUAAUAUUGUGGAAAUAUUGUGUGUAUAAAAGAUGUAUAUGUGAGAUAUCCUUGUGUAUAAUAAAAUUUAAACAAUUUAAAAAUA